CUAAAACCCCAGACUCAGCGAAAGACGGGAAGAUGAUAAAAAAACCCAAAACCCUACUCUCUCCUUGUAAAUUCUUACUCUUCUUCCUUCUUCCUUCUUCCAUUUCUCUGGUCCUCUUUCACUCUCUAAUGUUGGAGACGGCUUUGACUAUCAUCCGCCUGGUUUAGAUUAUUGAGAGUACCAGAUUUCUGUGUUUUAUUUAAGUGGAAAUGAAGAGGAAAUCGACAGUACAAGUUCAAGCUCUUGAGGAUUUUUAUUUGGAUAAAAUGUAUCCUACUCCUACGGAAUUGGAGGAGUUGGGCAAGUCUUUAGGGUUAACAGUGAAGGAAGUACGUGGAUGGUUCAAGAGAAGAAGAAGUAGAAGGAAAGAUUCAAAAUCCCUGACGAAUGUUAGGGUGGGAGGAAAGAGGAGUUCGACAUCUUCCGGAUGCGGUUUUGGAGUAGCUGUUGAGAAAAGAUGUAGUGUGGGAACACAGAAGGCCAAUUGUCAGAACUUGUUGAGUUCACAGCACAUUUUGGCCAAGAUUUUUCGGAAGGAUGGUCCAUCGCUUGGUUUUGAGUUUGACCGUCUCCCAUCUGGAGCACGCAAAGCCUCUUGGCUGGAUUCUUCAUCUGUCGAACAACAGAAUCAUAGAGUGGCAAGAAAGAGAAAGAUUUCGGAGCUAAUGGAUCACACUAGUCAGGGUUGCGUUGAAAAGAAUGCUAGUGUGAAGAAACAUGGUAUGGGCAAGGGUUUGAUGACAGUUUGGCGGAAGCAGAAACUGUUGCAGAAGAGGUCGACGGAAAAGAAGAUGUUUUCUACAUACAGAGAGGCGGAAGUAAAGAAGGAUGAAACUCAAAGGGCAUUUGAAGAAAAAUGUGAGCUUGGUGUGGAUGGGGAGGUAUUUAAAGAAACCUGCCAAACAAUUUCGGUACUAGUGGAUGACGAGGAAUUGGAAAUGCGUGAGCGACAGGAGGGAGCAAAUCCGUUGACAUGUUCAUGCCAUCUUCCUAGUAGUGGAUCUCAUGGCUGUUUUCUUUGCAAAGAUUUAUUGCCUAAGUUUCCCCCAAAUUCUGUUCAAAUGAGGAUGCCUUUUGGUUUGCAUCCAUGGAAUUCGUCUCCAGAGUCAGUGAAGAAACUGUUUAAGGUUGUCCAUUUCCUUUAUUCUUAUUCAGUAACUCUUGAUAUAUGUCCCUUUACACUUGACGAGUUCACACGGGCAUUUCAUGACAAGGAUUCCUUGCUCCUUGGUAAAAUUCACCUUUCCCUGCUGAAGCUGCUUCUGCUUGAUGUUGAAACCGAACUGCAAAGGGGAUCUUUUUCAAACCUGAGUAUAUCAUGCAAGUUUCUAGCGCUGCUUCAGUCGGUGGAGAGCCAAAUUCGUAUUCUUGAUCUGUGGAAGAAUUCAUUAAAUUCUCUUACAUGGACAGAAGUAUUGCGUCAGAUAUUGGUUGCAGCUGGUUUUGGUUCAGCGAAGUGUGCUGUUCAACCAGAAGAACUACGUAAGGAAAGGAGACUCAUGAAAAAGUAUGGCCUUCGUCUUGGAACUUUAAAAGGUGAAUUAUUCAGAAUGCUUAAUGAGCAAGGCAAUAGUGGCUUGAAAAUAUCCGAGUUAGCCAAUGCAGCAGAGGUGGCUGUGCUGAAUCUUGCAACUGCAUCAGAAGAACGAGAGCGUGCAAUAUGCUCAACUUUGGCAAGUGAUAUUACAUUAUUUGAAAAGAUAUCUGAAUCAACAUAUCGUGUACGUGUUAAUUGUUUCCCUGAGGACCCUGAUAAGAGCCAGUCUGAUCCAGACGAGUCUGGGAGUGUUGAUGAUGAAUCUGAUGAUUGCUCAUUUAGUUCUGGUGAUGAGAUCGUGGGAAUUUCAGAAAUUCUUACCGUUCUGAAAGAUAAGAGUAGGAAAAGGCGGAAGCAUAUAAGUAAAAUUAUGGAAGUAUGUAGUGAGAUUGAUGAAAGCCAUCCUGGAGAACCAUGGCUAUUGGGGCUUAUGGAAGGGGAAUAUUCAGACCUAAGCAUUGAAGAGAAGUUAGAUGUUUUUGUGGCUUUGAUUGAACUUCUUAGUUCUGGUUCCACUAUUAGAUUGGAGGUUUUACCAAGAGCUAUGGUUGACGCCCCUAGUAUCUAUAAUCGAGGCUCUGGUGGAAAAAUUAAGAGAUCCUCCUCUAGUCAGUGCUAUCCACGCGUAUCAUGGGUCCAUGGAGGAGAGCUUCAUGGAGUGAAAGAGCUACCUAAAUCGUCUGAUUCUCGCCCAGUUGAUUCAUCAUCAGUUGUAGGGGCCUUUGCAAAGCUGCCUGGAGAUAAAGCUAAUAAUUGUCACCCUAUGCAAUCUGUAUACCUUGGUUCUGAUCGUAGGUUCAACAGGUACUGGCUUUUCUUAGGCCCAUGCAAUGUGAAUGACCCUGGUCAUAGGUGUGUGUACUUUGAAUCCAGUGAAGAUGGUCACUGGGAAGUUAUCAGCGACAAGGAGGCUUUGCGAGCACUGUUGUCAGUUUUGGACGAUAGGGGAAGACGGGAAGCUCGUCUUAUUGACUCAUUGGAGAAACGGGAAAGUUUUCUUUGCCAAGUCAUGUUGAGUAGUCAUGUGACCCAGUUGGGGAUAGACCGUUUCACAGAUAUAGGCAGAGAGGACAGUUCUUCACCGGUUUCUGAUAUAGACAACAAUCAAUGUCUGAUUGAGAUUGCCAAUGAUCAGUUCUCCUUGCAAAAAGCGGCUAUAGUAUUUGAGAUCGGAAGUAAGCGGGAGAAAAGCCUAUUGUGGAGCCUUCUUCAGGUGUUUGAUGAGUGGAUAUGGGGUAAUUUUUAUUUGAAUCUCAAUGCUGUUAAACACAACCGAAGAUCCUACCUUGAUUCACUUACUAGGUGCAAGAGUUGUCAUGAUUUGUUUUGGAGAGAUGAGAAGCACUGUAAGAUUUGUCAUGCUACAUUUGAGGUUGAUAUAGAUCUUGAAGAAAGAUAUGCGAUUCAUGUGGCCACAUGUAGGAAGAAUGAAGAGAAUGAUACGUUUCCAGAUCAUAAAGUUCUAUCUUCCCAGUUGCAAUCACUAAAGGCUGCAGUGUAUGCCAUUGAGUCUGCUAUACCUGAAGAUGCCUUGAUUGGUGCAUGGAAAAAGUCAGCUCAUAGGUUAUGGGCCAAAAGACUUCGACGAAGCUCAACUUUGUCUGCAAUAACGCAGGUUAUUGGCGACUUUGUUGGGGCAAUCAAUGAAGAUUGGUUAUGGCACUCUGGUAAUGAAGAGCAUUCUACUUUAUUGGGAGAAGUUAUAUCUUGCUUUUCUUCUAUGCCUCAAACUACUUCUGCCAUUGCUCUCUGGCUGGUAAAAUUGGAUACCUUGAUUGCUCCGUAUGUGGAAAAAGCUCAACCUGAAAGGACUCAAUUGUGCAGGACCAGAAAUACAGGCGAGCGUCUAAGCAGUAGUUGUAGCUUUCAUCUUGACAACAUGGAAGGCGAUAGGUAG